UGUCAGUACAUAGUGAAGAUAAAUGUAGAUUUACUGGACCUUAAAGCCCUUCUUACUACUCACUUAGUUUGAGUGCCUUCUAAAAGUCUUUUUAGAUGUAUCUAGACUUCUAGAUGUAUCUAGAUUUAGAUCUAGACUAGUCCAUGACUCUUUCUAUCUUUCGAAUUUUUAAACUACAAACGAUCAGUAUUUGCAGAUUAUAACAAGUCUGGUUUUGGCACGUCAUACUUCAACAGGUUGAGCGAAUUCAGGUUGUAGGACAAACUUAUGAAGGAGAAUGUCAAGCAAGGAAGUCAAUAUAUUGUUAGUUGGUAGAACUGGAAAUGGCAAGAGCUCAACAGGCAAUUCAAUUCUUGGUAACAGUUCAUUUGAGGUUGACUCUUGCGAUGCAUUGACAGUACUAACCCAUGUCGAGACAGUGGAGACUCCAGAUAAUGUGAAGCUAACUGUUGUCAAAGUGUCUGGACUGGGGGACAAUGUCGCUGACUUCACAGGGAACAUGCUGGACCUAGAACAACAAAUUAGCCAGACUUUUGAAUCAGUAAAGUUUUAUUCAGCCAUCGUUGUUGUCUUGAAGUAUGGCGUCAGGUUCACCAAACAGGAGAAAGAUGCAGUGGAGAUCAUUAAAUCAUUUUUUGGGGAGGAUGUGUUCAAAAAGUGUGGUGUCGUUGUCAUGACCUAUGGGGAUAAUUUUACUCCCAUUGGUGAUGGUGUUGAGACAGCUUUUAAAACUUGGAGCAUGGAGCAGUCAGGGGACAUAAAAAAACUGUUUGAAGAUUGCAAAUACCGCAUUGUUUUGUUUGAUAACAGGACAAAAGAUGCUCACAAGAAAAGCAAUCAAGUAAAUGUGUUAAUGAAUUUUGUAAAACAGAUUAAAGUGCCUUAUACUGAGUCAGAUUUUAUUGACGCCAAACAUGUGAGAAAUGAACUAGUCAUAUCUUUCAUGAUCCAAAAUUUGGAUUUUGAAGUUAAUAAUAUGCCUCUAAAGUUAGAUAAAUUGGCUUUUGAAGUUAAAAAUACAAAUUUGGAACAGAUAGAAGUUGUUACAAAAAGAAUCACAAGCCCUGAAGAUUUGAGGCUGCUAGAUCUGGAGAAUAUGAGGACAAUUUUAAACAAGUAUCUGGUAAUGUAUACCAAUGCUCCAAAAUUUGACUUUGAAAUUGAAACCAUUGAAGAAAAUUUCAAGAGAGGAAUGGAUGACAUUGAAGUUAAACAAGCUUUGAAUGCUUUAGAAAAAGUGGAAGAUAAAAUCAGAGAGUUAGGAUUAGCUUCUCAAGAAUAUAAACUACAGAUAGUGAAAAAACUAAAGAAAAAACUGAGUCAAAAUUCAUGGUUGUACUACUUGCUAUCUCUAGCCACCAGUAAAACAGCUUGUUUCAUCUAUGGCUGGGUUGCUGCCUCUGUUUGCUCAUACUACUUUAAAUCUACAGAUUUUUAUAUUUUUCCUUUCUUUGCCUGAAUAUUUGAUUCUUCGUCUAGCUAGACUAAUCUGGAGCUAUCACAUAAUAGAGGCAAAUAGGUUACCUCAGCUCACAUAAUAGAGGCAAAUAGGUCACCUCAGCUCACAUAAUAGAGGCAAAUAGGUCACCUCAGCUCAUAUAGAUCCCAGUAGGUCACCUCAGCUCACAUAGAUCCCAUUAGGUCACCUUAGGUUACAGUAGGUCACACCAGCUCACAUAGAUCACAUUAGGUCACCUCAGCUCACAUAGAUCACAUUAGGUCACCUCAGCUCACAUAGAUCACAGUAGGUCACCUCAGCUCACAUAGAUCACAGUAGGUCACCUCAGCUCACAUAGAUCACAGUAGGUCACCUCAGCUCACAUAGAUCACAUUAGGUCACCUCAGCUCACAUAGAUCACAGUAGGUCACCUCAGCUCACAUAGAUCACAGUAGGUCACCUCAGCUCACAUAGAUCCCAUUAGGUCACCUCAGCUCACAGUAGCUUACAUUAUAUUGAUAACGAAAACCCUGCAUGUGUUGUUUGUAAAUUAUAUUUGGUGUUAGUUUAGCUCUAUAGUGUAUUACAAUGAGAUUGUAAAAAAAUAUACUUUCAUGUUUCUAUUUCUUUAUUUACAAAACAAAUGAUUUAAACUUUACAACUGUUAUCAUAAUAAAUAUUUUACAGAAUACAAUAGGGAUUGGUAGAAUGAUACAAGUACACUGUCGUUAUAGAAUGCAAGUGUUCACAUUUUUAACAGUACAAUAUACCUAAUCAUCUUUCAACACCCUCAUGUUGAUUAUUUUUGUUGGGUUAAAAGCAAGUUGAUGAAUAAACAAUUUGUACUAGCGUGA